AUGAUUACAUUUGGGAAGGUCUUCUGCACAAAGCAGAAGCCUAGCUGUACUGAAUGUCCCAUGAGAAACGAGUGCAAGUAUUAUGCUGAAAUCAACAUAGAAGACAUUGGUGUCAUUAGUCGGGCUAAGACUCAAAAUAAGUCUGUGAAAGUUAAGCAGCAAGUGUUGAAAUCAAAAAAUGAAAAACAGAAAGGUCUGGUAAACGAUCAUGAACAGUUCUACCAUGAAGGUAAUGUUGAAGCUCCUAAAACUCCAGUGAAAGAUCAACCACCCCGGAAAAUGAGACAGAAAGGACAAUAUCACUCAAAAACUACUUCUUUAGUUGGAAAACAACCCAAAAAAAUCCGAACAAGAACACAACACUUUGUCUAUGAACUUCCAGAUUGGCAUCCAAUAUUAGAACAGUUUGAUGACCGGGACCCUAAUGAUCCAUCGCCAUACCUUUUUAUUACAUGGGAAUCAGUAACUCCGUUGGCCAAUAGUAUGCUGUCUGCGGGUGUUAGCCACAUAGCAGAGUCUCAGACAGUACUGGGAACAGUUAUGGUAAGAGAGAUGCUAGCUAAUGAUUUAUAA